GGUGCGGAGCCGGGGCGGUAGAGAUGUCUUACAUGAGCUGUGCCUUGAGGGCAACCAUCCUCUGCCGCCUGCCAGCCCCCUGGAGAUGCUCCCGGCCCUUCAGCAGCUCCACGGGCCCCACGGUGAAGAAGAGUGUCCCAUACCAGAAGACAUUGCAGGAGGAAGGCUCGGGGAGCAGAGAGCCAAGCCAACCCCUGCCCUCCUCAGCCCAGGUCGUGGUGGUUGGAGGGGGUAGCAUGGGCUGCCAUACCACCUACCACCUGGCCAAGCAAGGUGUCAGCAGCGUGGUGCUGCUGGAGAGGGACCGUCUGACCUCGGGCACCACUUGGCACACGGCUGGUUUGCUGUGGCAGCUGCGUCCCAGCGACGUGGAGGUGGAGCUGCUGGCACACACCCGGGACGUGGUGAGCAGGGAGCUGCCGGCCGAGACGGGGCUGCACACGGGCUGGGUGCAGAACGGGGGGCUCUUCAUCGCCUCCAACAAGCAGCGCCUGGAUGAGUACAAGAGGCUCAUGUCGCUGGGGAAGGUGUAUGGUGUGGAGUCCUACGUCCUGACCCCAUCUCAGACCAAGGACCUGUACCCCCUGAUGAACAUCAGUGACCUGUAUGGCACACUCUACGUCCCCAAGGAUGGCACCAUGGAUCCAGCUGGUACCUGCUCGAGUCUUGCCAGGGCAGCAACUGCCAGAGGCGCCACGAUCAUUGAGAACUGCCCAGUCACUGGCAUCCAGGCCAGAGCUGAUGAUUUUGGGGUGAAGAGGGUAUAUGCAGUGGAGACAGCCCAUGGGACCAUCCAGACUCCCUGCGUGGUGAACUGUGCAGGCGUGUGGGCGCCUGCCCUGGGCCGGCUGGCGGGUGUGCGGGUGCCGCUGGUGGCGAUGCGGCACGCCUACGUGGUGACUGAGCGCAUCGAGGGCAUUCAGAACAUGCCCAACAUCCGUGAUCACGAUGCCUCGGUGUAUCUCCGUCUCCAAGGCGAUGCCCUUUCCAUGGGUGGAUAUGAGCCAAACCCCAUCUUCUGUGAGGAGGUGUCUGAAAAAUUUGCUUUUGGCCUCUUUGACCUGAACUGGGAUGUUUUCAUGCAACACAUUGAAGGUGCUGUCAACAGAGUGCCAGUGCUGGAGAAAACAGGCAUUAAAUCCACUGUCUGUGGACCAGAAUCAUUCACAGCUGACCACAAACCACUCAUGGGGGAAGCCCCAGAGGUCAGAGGCUUCUUCCUUGGCUGUGGCUUCAACAGUGCUGGGAUGAUGCUGGGAGGUGGCUGUGGGAAGGAGCUGGCUCACUGGAUCAUCCACGGCCGGCCAGAGAAGGACAUGUAUGGCUACGACAUCAGGAGGUUUCACCAUUCCCUCACGGCCAACAACCGCUGGAUCCGGGAGCGGAGCCACGAGUCCUACGCCAAGAACUACUCGGUCGUGUUCCCGCACGACGAGCCGCUGGCGGGACGCAACGUGAGGAAGGACCCUCUGCACCAGGAGCUACUGCAGCAGGGCUGUGUUUUCCAGGAGAGGCAUGGCUGGGAGAGGCCUGGCUGGUUCAGCCCCAAGGGAGCAGCCCCGGUCCUGGAUUACGACUACUACGGUGCGUACGGGCAGCAGCGUCACAGGGACUACACCUACAACCAGCUGCUGAAGGACGAGUACACCUUCGACUUCCCCCCUCACCAUGACAUUAUCAGGAAGGAAUGCCUGACGUGCAGAAAUGCCCUGGCUGCCUUUGACAUGUCUUACUUUGGGAAAUUCUACCUGGUUGGGCCUGAAGCAACAAAAGCAGCAAACUGGCUGUUUACAGCUGAUGUGAACAAAGCACCAGGCUCCACUGUCUACACCUGCAUGCUGAACCAACGUGGUGGCGUGGAGAGCGACCUGACCGUGAGCCGCAUCAGCCCCGGGCAGCCAGCCUCCCCCCUGGCCCCUGCCUUCCAAGGGGAUGGCUAUUACCUGGCUGUUGGCGGGGCCGUGGCUCAGCACAACUGGUCAUACAUCACUGCUGUGCUGCAGGACAUGAAGCUCCAGUGCAAACUCCUGGACUGCACAGAGGAGCUGGGCAUGAUAAGCAUCCAGGGUCCCCUGAGCCGAGUCGUCCUCCAAGAAGUGCUGGACACUGACCUCAGCAAUGAAGCUUUUCCCUUCUCCACCCACAAACUCACCAAGGCUGCAGGAUGCAUGGUCCGUGCCGUGAGGCUGACGUUCGUUGGGGAGCUGGGCUGGGAGCUGCACGUGCCCAAGGCAGACUGUGUGAAGGUUUACCAGGCGGUGAUGCAGGCGGGUGCCCGGCACGGCAUCGCCAACGCCGGCUACAGAGCCAUCGAGAGCCUCAGCAUCGAGAAAGGGUACAGGCACUGGCACGCAGACCUGCGCUCUGAUGACACUCCGCUAGAAGCCGGCUUGGCCUUCACCUGCAAGCUCAAGACUGGAAUCCCCUUCCUGGGCCGGGACACUGUGGAGGCUCAGAAAGCCAAAGGCAUCUUCCGCCGCCUCGUCUGCUUCACCACGGAGGAGAAGGUGCCCAUGUUUGGCCUGGAGGCGAUCUGGAGGGACGGCAGCGUGGUCGGACACGUCCGUCAGGCCGACUUCGGCUUUGCCAUCAACAAAACCGUCGCCUACGGCUACAUCCGUGACCCCGCUGGGGGCCCGGUCUCACUGGAUUUUGUGAAGAGUGGCAGUUACAAGCUGGAGAGGAUGGGAGUCACCUACCCUGCCCAAGCACACACCAAGACCCCGUUCGACCCGGACAACAAGCGAGUGAAGGGCUUUUACUGA